UAUAUAGCUUUGCCACUCUUGCCAGUUGUAAUCACAUUAGCAAUUGACCGUGACUUUUACAUUUAUUUAUAUGAAAAUGGAAACCAGUCUGGAUUUUGUUUUAUUAGUGAAAUGAUACCCUUUCUUGUUGCUUUUCUGCUUCCAAUCUUCAUUAUACUGAUUUUCAAUGUUGUCAUAUAUGUCCUUGUUAUUUGUGUGGUUAUUCUCCACACUAUUGGUAAGAACAAGAGAAUGAAUAAAUCUCCACUUACCACAUCUGAUGCAAUCAAAAUGUUAUUAUCUUAUUUUGGUAUCUUGAUACUCUUUGGUCUCACGUGGCUGUUUGCUGUCUUCACAUUCAUUACUGAGCCUAACAUCUCAUUCAUCAUUCAGUUCUUUUUUGCUUUCUUCAAUACAUUUCAAGGUUUCUUUAUUUUCUUCUUUUUUGUUGUUCUAAGCAGUGACUCGAGAGAUGCUUGGAAAUCCCUUCUCUGUCCUUGGACAGUGAGGGAUGGAAUGGCAUCCACAGUUGUUAAAAAUAAAACUUCAAAUAUUCAAAUCAUGUCCCCACAGGCCAAAAAUGCACCAGAGAGUCUAGUUUCAAUUAAAGGGAAAGGAAAUAAAGGAAAAGAUUUUGCUGAAAAUUUAAUAUUUGAAAAUGAGACAAUCCUUGAAGACAGUGGAUUUUCUAACGAUGAUGAGUUCAUGAUUUCUGAGUUUGGUAGUAUUCGCUUUGAUCGUCAUCUUUCUGCACGACGUAAACACUAUGUGGAGAAAAUUGAGAUAGACUUUUUUGCUGACAGCGAUGAUAGCGAUGGAGAUAUUUAAGACAUAAAAAUUUUUAUUCGUUUGUUUUACAUUCUUUAUUCUAGACAUUGCUACUAUUGUGAAAUG